GCAGCAUGUGGGAUCUUCCCGGACCGGGGCACGAACCUGUGUCCCCUGCAUCGGCAGGCAGAUUCUCAACCACUGCGCCACCAGGGAAGUCCAACGGUGGCAUUCUUAGCCCUGUUUCGCUGCUAAGGGGCUGAGGCUUAGAGAUGCCCCAGGACUGGAGGCCAAGUUAAAUUCCCUCGGCUUCAGCGGUCCUGAGGAAGUGCUGCCUGCCACCUCCAGGGACAUCCCUGCGACGUGGUCCCCUGGAGCCCUCUGCAGGAGUGCCUGUCUACCUGGGGCCUAGGAAUCUUACUGUACUUUCCGGCCUUUUGGACAGUGGCCUCUCCCAGGCCCAGCAGUGAUUGGGAAGAGGCUCUGUCCUAUGCAGCUGGUGUGCUGGUUCAUCGUUGAACGGCGGGCCCCAGGGAGGGCAAACCCUGAUCUGUACCUUUGCAGUUGUCCUUCAUAUAAAUACCCCAUGGUGGCUGAUUUCAAGCGACCACCAGUUUAACAACUGCUUCACAAAGACUCCUGAAAAUUGAACAAUGUAGUCAUGAUGUGAGUUGCUCCAGCACACUGCUGCCUGUGGUAGCAGGGAUUGGUGUAAUAAGUAAAUUAUACAGUAUGUUAGAAGAGGAUGAGUUCCAUGAGAGGAGAAAAUAUAGAGCAGGCAGGGAUGACUUCAGGUUUUGUAGAACUAGAAGCUCAUACAAUUUGAGGGGUCUUUUUUUAAGGAAACUAAUUUAAAAUGACAAAUGUGAAGUUGAGGCCAGGGCCCUAGGAGGGGCCCGUGCAAGUCACAGUUCCUGACGGAGGAUGGGGGAUGCAGGAGGGAUGCAGCAGACGGGACUGGGGCCCGGUCAGUCCAGCCUGGCAGGUCCUCCAAAGGACUCUGGCUUUACUGUGGACCCAGCUGUAGCAGCUGUCGGUGCCACUUAUAAGGCUCACGCUGCCCUCUGUUGAGGAGGGACAGUGCGAGUGGGCAGGAGUGGCAGAGAGAGAUCAGUUAAGAGGUCAGAGUAGUGAUCCAGGCAAGAGAUGAUGGAGGCUCAGAUCAGGGUGGGGGCAGCCAGGGUGCUGGGUGUACAGCUCGGGGCACAGACUGGACAGGUCCUCAAUUCCUUGGAGGAGUAGCAGGGCCGGAGGCUGGGUUUUAGUGGCUGAGGGAUAAGUGGGAGGUGCGAGAUGGAGAGCAGUGGGGGGCACAACUCUCUGAGAGGCUGGAAGCCAAUGGAGCACAGGAAAGGGGGGUACUCGGCGGCAGCAAGAGGGAUUGUGGACUGUAAAGGCGCAGCUGAGCAUGAGGCUCCACGUCCCCUCUGUCACGGGGAUGUGCUGCAGCAAGGCCCGUGAGCGCAGCAUCAGCCCCUUCCGGGGUCAGCCUUGGUGCCCCCGCCACCUCCGAGGACAGUGUAGGCUGGGGAGGCGGGGAGGAAGCUCUCGUAGGUCAGGAGUGGGAACUGCCGACCCACCCUCGCGGGAUGGGAGGUCGGUCCCCUGUGUGUCGUUUAAGAGUGAGUGCGGGUGCCGUCACCCAGCUUGCUGGGGCGAGUUGAAAGCCAGCCGUAGCCAGGCCGGCCAGAGCCCCAAGGUGCUCGUGCAAUGGGGGAGGGUAACACGGAGGCUUGAGGUCUUGAGUGGAGGGCGAUGAUUCGAGCCCCCCGUGUGGAUUUACCAGGGAGGGUGACUGGCCGUACUGAGGUUCACAGGGCCAGGCCCACGGGAGUGGGGGACCGUGAGCCUACAUGCGCCCCACCCUGCCAGCCACUGGGCUGAGGUCAGACAGGUGGGGCGGGUGGGCUGGGCAGAGGGCUGAGGAGCUGGGGGUGGGGCUGGAAAGUUCUGCAGGAGGGGCCGGAGAAGGGAAGCACCCGAGAGGCAGACGCUCUCCCUGGCACUGUGGGCCCCUCCCUCCCUCCGACGGUUUCGCUUUUGUUUUCUUGUCCCAGCCCUUUGGCUUUAGGGCGAAGGGGAAGGAGUCCGGCUGAAGGCCUAGGCUGCGGCGGCCCAGGCAGCUGGGGGAGCGCUGUGAUGAUGGGCGAGGAAGAGGCGGAGCUGGGGGCAGCCGUGGAACUCAGAGGCCUGCCCCCCGACGUCCCAGACGAGCUGCUCACGCUCUAUUUCGAGAACCGUCGAAGCUCUGGGGGUGGACCUGUGUCAAGUUGGCAGAGACUUGGCCGCAGGGGCAUCCUCACCUUCCAGGAGGCUGCAGAUGCAGCGAGGGUCUUGGCCCAGGAGGAGCACACUCUGCACGGCGCUCGGCUGAGCCUGCGGCCAGCCCCACCACGCGCCCCUUCGCGCCUACUGCUCCAAGGGCUGUCUGCUGGCACGGGACCCCAGCACCUGGAGCAGUAUGUCCAAGCCCUGCUUUGUGCCGCAGGGCAGCCAGUGCAGCCGUGCCGUGCCCUGGCCAGUCCCCGACCAGACCGGGCCCUGGUGCAGCUGCCCAAGCCUCUUUCAGACGCAGAAGCCCGCGUCCUGGAGGAGCACGCCCAGUCCCUGGGCCUGAAGGGGGCUGAGGUCUCCCUGGCCUGGGUGCCUCAGGCCCGGGCGGUGCGUGUCGUGGGGGGCAUCCCCCCUGCAGACCUGCUGCUGCUGGAGCUGUACCUGGAGAAUGAGCGCCGCAGUGGCGGGGGGCCCCUGGAGGGCGUGCGCAGCCUGCCAGGGCACCUGGGCACCAUCGCUUCCUUCCAGCAGUGGCAGGUGGCCGAACGGGUGCUGCAGCGGGCCCACCAGCUGCAGGGUUCAGAGCUGAUCCUUGUCCCCCACUACGAUGUCCUGGAGCCCGAGGAGCUCAGCGAGCACACCAGUGGAGGGAGCCGCUUGGCCGAGUUGGGGCCUGGGGCCCCCAAGCAUGCUCUCCUGGAGGCUGGAGGGCCAGCAAGGGCACAGAAUUGUGCAGGGAAUGUGACACUGGGCUCUGAGGAGGCACCGGGGCAAACAGGAGCCUUGCUGAGGACAGGGCAUCUCUGGGACAGGUCCUCUCUGGGACAGGCCAGGCCAGUCAGCUCCAGGCCCGUGGGGUCUUCAGAACAGGAGGGGUUGGUGAGCCCAGGGCCUACAGGGUCUCCAGGCCCAGUGGAGAUUGCCGUGGAGUCUCUGGAGCAGGUGGUGUCAAUGAGCCUGGGCCCUGUAGGGUCACCGGGGCAGGAGGGCCUGGUGGAGACAGUGCUGCCGAUGGAGCUGGGAGCAAUGCGCUUCAUUCAACUCUAUCAUGAGGACCUUCUUGCUGGCCUGGGAGACGUUGCCCUCUUCCCACUCGAGGGAUCAGAUACGACUGGAUUUCGGCUCUGCGGAGCCCUGGCCCCAUGCCAGGCAGCCGAGGAGUUCCUGCAAAGUCUGCUGGGCAGCGUGAGCUGUCACGUGCUGAGCCUGAAGCACCCAGGCAGUGCCAGGUUCCUGCUGAGCCCAGAGGGGCAGCACCUUCUGCGGGGGAUGGAAGCUCAGUUCCAGUGCGUCUUUGGGACAGAGCGUCUGGCCAGGGCUGCCCUGGACACAGACCUGGGAGAGGUGGACCCCACUGAGGCCCUACAGGUGCUCCCUGGCCACUCCCACACCCUGUGGCCUCCAGACAGUACAGACGGUGGCCAGGAGAAUGUGAACCUAGAGGAGGUCCGAGAGCUGCUGGCCGCCCUGGAGGGCCUGGACGGGGAAGACUGGCUGCCACUGGAGCUGGGGGAGGAGGAGCCCGCGGGGCAGCCGGAGGAGGAGAAGACUCCUAGGGCUGGGGAGGGGCCUGUGGCGCCCCGCACCGGGGUGCCUGGGCGGCUGCAGGAGGAGGCUGAGCUGCAGCUGGCUCUCUGCCGCUCGCUGGAGCCACAAGGCCAGGUGGCCAAGCGGGAGGAGGCUGUGGCGCUGCAGUGGGCCCUGGCCCUCUCCCUCCAGCCGCCCCCGCUGGAGGAAGAACCGGAGCCCCGGGGUGGGGGGCCUGGCGGCUGGGCCCAGCUGGAGGUGCACGCGGCCUUCGAGCAGGAUAUGGAUGAGCUGGGCCGGGCCCUAGAGGCGGCCUUGGAGGUGCACCUCCGGGAGGAGACGGUGGGGCCCCGGGGCUGCGUGCUGCCCGCGGAGCUGUGCGCCCGCCUGGAGCGGCGCCACGGCGUGAGCGUCGCCCUUCGUGGUGACCGCACCGUCCUCCGUGGCUUUGGGACCCAGCCCACCCGUGCGGCCCACCACUUAGCAGCGCUGUGGGCUGGCCCCCGGGAUCAGAGCUUGGCCUUUCCCUUGGAGGCUUCGGGCCCCACUUUGCCACAGCAGAGGCCGAGGGAGCUCUUGGGCAGGCUGGAGUGUGUGGCCGAGAGCAGCAGUGAGUUCCAUACGGUAGUGCAGGCCUUCUACGACACACUGGACGCUGCCCAUGGCAGGAUCCGUGUUGUCCAGGUGGAGCGUGUGUUGCACCCGCUGCUGCAGCAGCAGUACGAACUGCACCGGGAGCGCCUGGAGCAGUGCUGUGACCGGCGGCCGGCGGAGCAGGUCCUGUACCACGGCACGUCGGUGGCCACCGUCCCGGACAUCUGCGCGCACGGCUUCAACCGCAGCUUUUGCGGCCGCAACGGCACGCUCUACGGACAGGGCGUGUACUUCGCCAAGCGCGCCUCCCUGUCGGUGCUGGACCGCUACUCGCCCCCCGACUCCGAGGGCCACAAGGCGGUGUUCGUGGCGCGGGUGCUGACCGGCGACUACGGGCAGGGCCGCCGCGGGCUGCGGGCACCCCCCCCGCGGCCCCCCGGCCACGCGCUCCUGCGCUACGACAGCGCGGUGGACUGCCUCCCCCGGCCCAGCAUCUUCGUCAUCUUUCACGACACCCAGGCGCUGCCCACUCACCUCAUCACUUGCAAGCACAUGUCCCGGUCUCCCCCUGGAGACCCCCCUGAGCUCUUGAGCAACUCCCCAGCCACCUAACCCUAGAGGCCCCGCCCCCUCGGCCCAGCCGCUGGCCUCCCGCUCCCCAGGCUCCCCGCUCCGCACAGCCCCACCGCCCCCUCCCCCGCCCGAGCUGCCCCCGGGGGCGCCCCUGCCUCCUGCAGUGGUGCCCAUAGGGGCGACCGGGCGAGGACGGCUUGGGCAGUGUUCCCCGCCCCCACCCCCACCCCGGGCCGGCCCAACCACCAGGGGUCAGCAGAGCCCAGAACGAGGGGGGCCGGCCCUCGCCCGAGCGCGACCGUGUUGUUUGAAUAAAUGUGUACGUGAAACCAG